CCAUAUUCAUUCAUUCGUACUAUUAGUGAAGUGCAGUUUGUCGGUUGUUUUCCACACGUUCGCAUAAAAAAUAAUAAAUUUCUAAAAUGGCCUGCUGGGAAGGAAAGAAAUACAAAUUGGACAAGAGCGAGAACUUCGAUGAAUACAUGAAGGAAUUGGGUGUUGGCAUGGUCCUCCGCAAGAUGGGUAACUCUGUAACCCCUACUGUUGAGUUGAAGAAAGAAGGUGAUUUAUUCACAUUCACCACCUCCUCCACUUUCAAGACUUCGACUAUCUCCUUCAAAUUGGGUGAAGAAUUCGACGAAGAAACUUUGGAUGGCCGUAAAGUUAAAUCUAUCUGCACCAUGGAUGGCAACAAAUUGGUACAAGAACAAAAAGGUGACAAACCAUCAACCAUCGUACGUGAAUUCACCGAUUCCGAAUUGAUCACCACCCUUACCAUUGGUGAAAUCAAAUCUGUCCGUGUUUACAAGGCCCUCUAAAUAUUUUAUAAUUAAAUAACUUUAUUAAGAAUAUGCUGAUUAUUUUUUCCUUGCAUUGCCUAAAGAUGAUUGACUGAGUUUUUUAUCUGAUACUCCGUUAUUUUUUUUUAAUAAGAUCUGUUUAAUAACUAUUUAUGAGAUUGCACAUGAAAAUUGUUAUUAAAUAACAAUAUUAUUUUCUUUUCUAUUGUUUACAUAUACCACUUAUGUAUUUAAGGUGUUUGUAAGCCAAAAAUAAACAAAAAAAGUAAUAAAAUUAAUAUUGACAUUGCAUUUAAUAAUAUUUAAA